CUCGGUUGGGUUCUUCUCUCCCUCUUUCCUCGCAGCUACUGUGAACUCCAGACGAAUACUCCGAUCUAUUUCCACGCGCGAACGUAAGAAAUAAUUAACAAAUCAAUCUCCUCUAUCAACGUAUAUAUAUAUAUAUAUUAUAAAUAUACACCAUAGUAGAUAGUCAACAUAGAAGGGGACAAGGAAGAAGAGAGCUCAAAACAGAGAAGACAGUUUUCUUGCGUGUCUGGAGAUACUACAGAGAGGGGAGAAAUGGUUGAUGCAAACUCUGGAGGUCAGGAUUUUCCGGCGAUUCCCACCCAUGGAGGUCAGUACAUUCAGUACAACAUAUUCGGCAAUCUUUUUGAGAUAACUUCCAAGUAUCGGCCUCCGAUCAUGCCUAUCGGUCGCGGCGCGUACGGUAUCGUUUGCUCGGUGUAUAAUUCGGAGACGAAUGAGAUGGUGGCGAUUAAGAAGAUAGCAAACGCGUUUGAUAAUCACAUGGAUACCAAGCGUACGCUUCGUGAGAUCAAGCUUCUUCGCCAUUUGGAUCAUGAAAAUGUCGUAGGUAUAAGAGAUGUGAUUCCUCCACCAUUAAGAAGAGAAUUCACAGACGUGUACAUUGCAACGGAGCUGAUGGAUACUGAUCUCCAUAACAUAAUUCGAUCGAAUCAAGGUUUAUCAGAAGAGCACUGUCAGUACUUCUUGUAUCAGAUUCUUCGAGGGCUGAAAUAUAUUCACUCAGCUAAUGUUAUCCACAGAGACUUAAAGCCCAGCAAUCUUUUGGUGAAUGCAAAUUGUGAUUUGAAAAUUUGUGAUUUUGGUCUUGCUCGACCAACUGCCGAGAAUGAGUUUAUGACAGAAUAUGUUGUCACAAGAUGGUAUAGGGCCCCUGAGAUAUUGCUGAAUUCUUCAGAUUAUACUGCUGCUAUUGAUGUGUGGUCUGUCGGUUGCAUCUUUAUGGAACUUAUGAACAGAAAACCUUUGUUUCCAGGCAGAGAUCAUGUGCAUCAGCUGCGCUUAUUGACAGAGCUGCUUGGCACACCGACUGAAUCUGAUCUGGAAUUUGUUCGGAAUGAGGAUGCAAAAAGAUAUAUCCGUCAACUCCCAACACACCCUCGUCAGCCACUAGCCAGACAUUUCCCAAAUGUUCAUCCAUCAGCAAUUGAUCUUGUUGAUAGAAUGUUAACAUUUGAUCCAAGAAAAAGAAUUACUGUUGAGGAAGCAUUAGCUCAUCCUUACCUUGCGCGAUUGCACGACAUUGCUGAUGAACCAGUUUGUUCAGAGCCAUUCUCUUUUGAUUUCGAGCAACAACCUUUGGGAGAAGAGCAGAUGAAAGAUAUGAUUUAUCAGGAGGCUUUAGCACUCAAUCCAGAAUAUGCUUGAAAAAGGAGACAACAAACACUGAAACCAGAACCUACAACACCACAUGAUGUCUCGCAAUCAAACAAUUAACAUCCUCCUGUUUUGUUCAACUUAUAUUGUAAUAUUUUGGGCUUGCCCAAUUCUGGCUGUCCUAGUUCUCUUGAGGUCAGUCUCUUGAAGCUCUAUAAGUUCUUUAACCUUUGUACUCAGUCUUUUUGGUUCUUCUGUUCAGGCGAAUGUUUGUUAUAAUGUGUUUAAAUUUGGUAUUUUCUCCCACUGUAUUAUAAACACUUUUGUGAAGUGAUGUAACCUAAGAUUGAUUUAUUGUAAUACUGACUUGAAAUCUUGUUGUAAAAUGGUUUUAUUAGAAUCACCUUUUGUCUCGUUCAUCAAAUCAGUCUCAUUCGAGAAUGAUUAUCUUAUGUUCACUGUGGUGUACAAUAUUAAUAAUAUCAUCUUUGUUA